AUGACAACUAGUCAAGAGAUCAACAACGCGCGCUUCAGCAAAGAAGCACUAGAAUGGGAUUCGAAUGAGAAGCAUGUAGAGUCAACUUCAAAAGCACUCGAGGCCAUCAAGCGCUAUGUGCCCGCAUUCAAAGAUGGAAGCAACAAAGGUAUUAUCAUACCGCCAUCCCACUACGCUCUUGAACUGACGAGCAUCACAGAUCUCGACGUACUAGAAAUCGGUUGCGGAACUGGCCUCCUUUCCUUCAUGCUAGCUCCACAUGUACGCAGCCUCAUCGGCGUCGACACAGCAGAUGGCAUGAUAAGCGCCUUCGACACCAAGCUUGCGGAUCUUUCAACAGACCACCCGAAUCUCUGUUCGGUGAACCACUUCCUAACGAACCCGGACUCGCAUGAAUUGCAAAGCGCAGCAGCGCUCCUUGCCACCCAUCGAGGAGAGGCUCCAUCGCCGCCUUAUUCGUACCGAUUUGAUCUUGUGGUUUCCCACUUAACGCUGCAUCAUAUCCCGUCGAUGGCGGAGAUCCUAGCGACUAUGCACAAGUGUUUGAAGCCUGGAGGUGUUGUUGCGUUGACGGACUAUGAGGACUUUGGACCGGAGGCUGUGCCGUUUCAUCCGGUGAGUAAGAGGCCGGGCGUAGAGAGGCACGGAAUUAAGAAAAGCGAGAUGGAAGAGUUGUUGUUAGGGACAGGGUUUAAUGAGGUGAGGGUCGAUGAGGCUUUUGUCCUGCGAAAGGAGGUUGAUGCUGAGGAUGGGAAGCCGGCGAGAGAGAUGGAUUUCCCGUUUUUGCUGUGUUUCUGCGUGAAGAGUUGA